AUGGAAAUCUGGCUGUUUCUCCUCUCGUCCAUCUUCGUCUCCGCUCUCUCGUUGGCUCAGGAAGACUCUCCCCUCUUCACCUUCACCUCCGACUCUCUCAUCAACAAUGUGGUGCAGGACAACCACACGGGCCGCAUCUACGUGGGCGCCGUCAACACAAUCUACCAGCUGGACCCGUCCCUGGUCCGCGAAGCCAGGACCGAGACCGGCCCCAAAGAGGACGCCAGGACCUGCACCCCUCCGGCUUCCGCGUGCCAAGACACCAAACCCAUGGACAACCACAACAAGCUCCUCCUGGUCCACCCGGCUAACGGCUCGCUCGUCGUUUGCGGGAGCAGAUAUCGAGGGAUUUGCUCGCUUCUCAAUUUAAGCAACGUGGAGCAGCAGCUUUACUACAGCGACGGGAAAGGAGAGAGGACUUACGUCACGAGUAUCGAGGAUAACGUUAAUGUGGUCGGAGUCAUGUCCACGUACACGAGAGACGAUUACACCUUCCCGGUAUUUCUCGUCGGGAAAGGUUACGGGAGCUUGGACAGCACCAAACUAAUCAGUACCCGGAUUUUGCGAGAUUUCCGCGAGUGGGUAGUUUUUGAAAGCAUUAUCGAAGCCUCCACCGUCCAGACCACGCCGUUCGUGCCCAAAUACCUGCAUGACUUUCGGCACGCCUUUAAAGAAGACGGGUUUGUCUAUUUUCUCUUUUCCCGGACUCUGGACGGCACGGACAACAAGAACUUCACCUUCGUGUCCCGUCUCUGCGAAGAGGACCAUAGCUACUACUCGCACACGGAGCUCCAGCUGAACUGCGGAGUCAACAACCGCUUUAACAAAGUGAGAGCGGCGUUCGUGGCGGCGCCGGGGAAAGAGCUGGCCAGGAUCAUGUCAGAGUUGGGAGUCUACGGGAACGUUGUGUCCUGGAGGAAGGUUCUGUUUAUGGUCUCCAGUGCGGACGACGACCAGAACGAGUCUGCGCUGUGCAUGUUCCCCCUGGACACCAUCAACGAGAAACUGGGGAACAUCAUCAGCGCCUGCUACAUCGACUCAGGGAAGAUCUCUGGGGACCCGGCGGUGGACAUCCCCUACUCGUCCAAAACCGAUGAGUUCUGCACGUCCAAGAUCGCGAAAGACACGUUGGAGCAGUUCAAAUGCGGCGCAGACUUCCUGCCGUCUCCUCUGGCCAGCAAACCCAAGUACGCUCUGAAGGGUCACAUGGUCCUCUCCAAAACAGAGCUGCUCACCGCCGUCUCUGUGGUUGUAGAGAACGACCACACCAUCGCCUUCCUGGGCAACAGCAGAGGAGAGGUCUCUAAGGUCCACCUCACCUCGACUCCGUACGAGUACAGCCAGGCCUUUUCUGAUCCUCUGAGGGAGAGAGUCAACAAGAACCUGCUCUUCGACCUGAGCCAGAACCACCUCUACAUCACCACAGAGAAGAAGAUCACCAAGGUGCCGGUCCAAGAGUGCCUCAAACAAACCAACUGUCAAUCAUGUGUGGGACUGAGAGACCCGUACUGUGGCUGGUGUGUUCUGGAGGGAAGAUGCACGCGCAGGUCGGAGUGUCGCCGGGCGGAGGAGAAGAACGGCUGGCUCUGGAGUCCCAGGCAGCAGUGCGUCAAGAUCGUCUCCUUCUACCCUCCCAACCUGUCCUGCAAGAAGAGCCAGAUGGUGAAGAUCAACAUUCCCUCUCUGCCUCUGAUUGGCCACUCGGACCGGCUCCACUGCAGGAUGGAGGCCUUCGAAAGCCGGGGGAGGAUGUCCGACUCUGGGCAGGUGUCGUGCGAGCUCCCCCAGCCCUCCAUGAUCCCACAGACCCCAGAGGACCAAGACUUUGUGGCUGUGGCCGUCACCGUCUUUGUCAACGACACGGUGGAGCUGGCGACGCGGGAUUUCAAGUUCUACAACUGUGCAGCGACCGUGAAGAAGUCUGAGAACACUCCGUGUAUGGCGUGUGUGUCCAGUCUCUGGGGCUGUGAGUGGAACAUCAUGGAACACAGCUGCAGCGACAUGAACGAGAGAGUCUCAGGAGCUCACAUCAUCAAACACAGACAGGGAGGAAAGUGUCCAAAGUUUGAGAAUCCGGACCCAGUUCUGAUCCCUGUCGGCCACAAGAGACGCAUCAGCUUUGAGGGCUUCAACCUGGAUCUGUACCAGGGUCGGUCCUUCACCAUCGGCACAGAGCUGAUGAGGAGUGUGGAGGAGGACGUCUCUUACGCAGACACUUUCUACAGCUUCAAUGGAUUCAACUUUUCCUUCGACAAGUCGCCGGAGACCAAUGUGCUUUUCUACGUCAAGGACAAAGACACGGGCAAGAAGAUGGACAGCACCCUCAAUGUGACUCUGUACAACUGUGCCGUGGGGCGCCAGGACUGCAGUCUGUGUAAGAACGCAGACCCCAAAUACAGAUGUGUGUGGUGCCCACGACAGAAGGCCUGUGUGUUCGAAGACCUCUGCUCCUCUGGAGACAUGGACCAUGUGGACUGUCCUCACCCUCAGAUCACUGAUAUUGUCCCUAAGUUCGGGCCUCCGCAGGGGGGCAUCUCCAUCACCAUCCGAGGGUCCAACCUGGGCAUCCACCCUGACGACAUCGUGAGCAUCUCUGUGGUGGGAGAACCAUGUGUGCACCAGAAAGACCAGUACUCUGUCUCCACCAGUGUGGUGUGUGAGAUCGGGCCUCUGAAGCCGAGCUGGGGGAAGGUGGAGGUGGAGGUGAAGGGCGGGAAGAGAGGGACGUCCUCCAUGUUCUUCACAUACCAGGACCCCAUGCCAGACGUGGUGAAGCCCAGCCAGGGCCUCAAAGCUGGGGGAACCCUGAUCACCAUAAAGGGGAGGAACCUGGAGACCGGGAGCAAGAGAGACGUACAGGUGACCAUCGGAGGAGUGGACUGCUCUGUGGAGGGCUUUGGGCAGGAGAUCACCUGUCGCUCCGGGGAGUACCGCGCUGACAAAGUGCCAUCGGAGCUGCUGCCGGUGUCUGUGAAGUACGGCAGGAGCAGCGUGAAGGUCGUCCCUGACGCUUUCCAGUUCAUGGAGAACCCGACCAUCCACAGCCACCAGCCGCAGAGCAGCUUCCUCUGUGGAGGGAGGAACAUUGUUGUAACCGGCUCCGGAUUCGAUCUGAUCCAAACAGCAUCGAUCAAAGUCCAAGGAGAGAACUCUGUGUCUGAAGAGCGGUACUGUGAGAAGAACGACUCUGUGAUCCAGUUUCGCUCUCCGGCCCUGAACACUUCCCUGGGACACUUCCCCGUGUUCCUGCACCUCGACAACAUGGUGCGAGAACUGAAGCCGUUCGAGUACCAUCCAAACCCGGUCUUUAACAACGUCAGCAAGAAGGUCAUCACCGAGGCCAGCAUCAUCAUCGUCACCGGCCGGGGUUUCUCUCGUGCGAUGACGGCGAAGGAGGCCCAGGCAUUUGUGGGGGACGUCCCAUGUUUGGUGAACACGCUGCAGGACGAUAAGCUGUUCCUGGAUCCUCCCUCCUCUGCUCCACGAUCUCACUCCAGACGCCACCGACGAGAAACCAGACCGGAGCUACUCGAACUGCUGUGGCAAUACUAUCACGAGCCAAGUGCGAGUGUGAGAUUUAUUUAUAUUUUGUGUGCUCCCCAUGUGUCCCCGUGUGCUCCCCGUGUGUCCCCGUGUGCUCCCCGUGUGCUCCCCGUGUGCUCCGUGUGCUCCCCGUGUGUCCCCGUGUGCUCCCCGUGUGCUCCCCGUGUGCUCCCCCUGUGCUCCCCGUGUGCUCCCCGUGUGCUCCCCGCGUGUCCCCGUGUGCUCCGUGUGCUCCCCGUGUGUCCCCGUGUGCUCCCCGUGUGCUCCGUGUGCUCCCCGUGUGUCCCCGUGUGCUCCGUGUGCUCCCCGUGUGUCCCCGUGUGCUCCCCGUGUGCUCCCCGUGUGCUCCCCGUGUGCUCCCCGUGUGCUCCCCGUGUGUCCCCGUGUGUCCCCGUGUGCUCCCCGUGUGUCCCCGUGUGUCCCCGUGUGCUCCGUGUGCUCCCCGUGUGUCCCCGUGUGCUCCCCGUGUGCUCCCCGUGUGCUCCCCGUGUGCUCCGUGUGCUCCCCGUGUGUCCCCGUGUGCUCCGUGUGCUCCCCGUGUGCUCCCCGUGUGCUCCCCGUGUGCUCCCCGUGUGUCCCCGUGUGUCCCCGUGUGCUCCCCGUGUGUCCCUGUGUGCUCCCCCUGUGCUCCCCGUGUGCUCCCCGUGUGUCCCCGUGUGCUCCGUGUGCUCCCCGUGUGUCCCCGUGUGUCCCCGUGUGCUCCCCGUGUGCUCCCCAUGUGUCCCCGUGUGUCCCCGUGUGCUCCCCGUGUGCUCCCCGUGUGCUCCCCGUGUGCUCCCCGUGUGUCCCCGUGUGCUCCCCGUGUGCUCCCCGUGUGUCCCCGUGUGCUCCCCCUGUGCUCCCCGUGUGCUCCCCGUGUGUCCCCGUGUGCUCCGUGUGCUCCCCGUGUGUCCCCGUGUGCUCCCCGUGUGCUCCCCGUGUGCUCCCCGUGUGCUCCUCGUGUGCUCCCCGUGUGCUCCCCGUGUGUCCCCGUGUGCUCCCCGUGUGUCCCCGUGUGCUCCCCCUGUGCUCCCCGUGUGUCCCCGUGUGCUCCCCGUGUGCUCCCCGUGUGUCCCCGUGUGUCCCCGUGUGUCCCCGUGUGCUCCCCCUGUGCUCCCCGUGUGCUCCCCGUGUGCUCCCCGUGUGUCCCCGUGUGUCCCCGUGUGCUCCCCGUGUGUCCCCGUGUGUCCCCAUGUGCUCCGUGUGCUCCCCGUGUGUCCCCGUGUGCUCCCCGUGUGCUCCCCGUGUGCUCCCCGUGUGUCCCCGUGUGCUCCGUGUGCUCCCCGUGUGUCCCCGUGUGUCCCCGUGUGCUCCGUGUGCUCCCCGUGUGUCCCCGUGUGCUCCCCUGUGCUCCCCGUGUGCUCCUCGUGUGCUCCCCGUGUGCUCCCCGUGUGCUCCCCCUGUGCUCCCCGUGUGCUCCCCGUGUGCUCCCCGUGUGCUCCCCGUGUGCUCCCCGUGUGCUCCCCCUGUGUUCCCUGUGUGUCCCUGUGUGCUCCCCGUGUGUCCCUGUGUGCUCCCCCUGUGCUCCCCGUGUGCUCCCCGUGUGUCCCCGUGUGCUCCGUGUGCUCCCCGUGUGUCCCCGUGUGUCCCCGUGUGCUCCCCGUGUGCUCCCCGUGUGUCCCCGUGUGUCCCCGUGUGCUCCCCGUGUGUCCCCGUGUGUCCCCGUGUGCUCCGUGUGCUCCCCGUGUGUCCCCGUGUGCUCCCCGUGUGCUCCCCCUGUGCUCCCCGUGUGCUCCCUGUGUGCUCCCUGGGUGCUCCCCGUGUGUCCCCGUGUGCUCCCUGUGUGUCCCCGUGUGCUCCCCGUGUGUCCCCGUGUGCUCCCCGUGUGCUCCCUGUGUGCUCCCCGUGUGCUCCCCGUGUGCUCCCCGUGUGCUCCCUGUGUGCUCCCCCUGUGCUCCCCGUGUGCUCCCCGUGUGUCCCCGUGUGCUCCCCGUGUGCUCCCCGUGUGCUCCCUGUGUGCUCCCCGUGUGCUCCCCGUGUGUCCCCGUGUGCUCCCCGUGUGCUCCCCGUGUGCUCCCCGUGUGCUCCCUGUGUGCUCCCUGUGUGCUCCCCGUGUGCUCCCUGUGUGCUCCCCGUGUGCUCCCCGUGUGCUCCCCGUGUGUCCCCGUGUGCUCCCUGUGUGUCCCCGUGUGCUCCCCGUGUGUCCCCGUGUGCUGCCCGUGUGCUCCCCGUGUGCUCCCCUUGUGCUCCCCGUGUGCUCCCCGUGUGUCCCCGUGUGCUCCCCGUGUGUCCCCGUGUGUCCCCGUGUGCUCCCCGUGUGUCCCCGUGUGCUCCCCGUGUGCUCCCCGUGUGCUCCCCCUGUGCUCCCCGUGUGCUCCCCGUGUGCUCCCUGUGUGCUCCCCGUGUGUCCCCGUGUGCUCCCCAUGUGUCCCUGUGUGCUCCCCGUGUGUCCCCGUGUCCUCCCCCUGUGCUCCCCGUGUGUCCCCGUGUGCUCCCUGUGUGCUCCCCGUGUGCUUCCCGUGUGCUCCCCAUGUGUCCCUGUGUGCUCCCCGUGUGCUCCCCAUCAAGUUUGGGAACGGCGAGUGGGUGGUGGGCUCGGUGCAGUACGAGCAGAAGAACGACCUGGCUCUGUACAUCGUCAUCCCGGCUGUCAUCGUCCCCAUGCUCGUCAUCAUCGCCAUCUCAGUCUACUGCUACAGAAGGAAGAGCCAGCAGGCCGAGCGCGAGUACGAGAAAGUCAAACACCAGCUGGAAAACCUGGAGGAGAGCGUCCGCGACCGCUGCAAGAAGGAGUUCACAGACUUGAUGAUCGAGAUGGAGGACCACACCAACGACCUGAGCGAGGGCCGCAUCCCGUUCCUGGAUUAUAAGAACUACACGGACCGCGUCUUCUUCCUGCCGUCCAAGGAUGGAGCCAACGACGUCAUGAUCACCGGGAAACUGGACAUUCCGGAGUCCAGGAGAGCCACCGUCACACAGGCUCUCAACCAGUUCUCCAACCUGCUCAACUCCAAGACCUUCCUCAUCAACUUCAUCCGCACCCUGGAGCGCAGCAACGACUUCAACGCGCGGGCGAAGGUGUACUUUGCGUCUCUGCUGACAGUGGCUCUUCACGGGAAGCUGGAAUAUUACACCGACAUCAUGAGGACGCUGCUGCUGGAGCUGAUGGAGGAGUACGUCAACAGCAAAAACCCCAAACUCAUGCUGAGGAGAAGAGAGGAAAGAGGAGAGAGGAGACGGAAGAGGAGAGGGAAGAGAAGAGGAGAGAGAAAAGGAGAGAGAAGAGAAGAGGAGAGAGAAGAGGAGAGGGAAGAGAAGAGGAGAGAGGAGAGGAGAGAGAAGAGAAGAGAGAAGAAAAGAGGAGAGAGGAGAGGGAAGAGAAGAGGAGAGAGGAGAGGAGAGAGAAGAGAAGAGGAGAGAGGAGAGGAAAGAGGAGAGAGAAGAAAAGAGGAGAAAGGAGAGGGAAGAAGAGAGGAGAGAGAAGAGGAGAGGAGAGAGGAGAGGGAAGAGAAGAGGAGAGAGGAGAGGAGAGAGAAGAGAAGAGAGAAGAGGAGAGAGGAGAGGGAAGAGGAGAGAGAAGAGGAGAGGAGAGAGGAGAGGGAAGAGGAGAGAGAAGAGGAGAGGAGAGGAGAGAGAAGAGAAGACGAGAGAGCAGAGGGAAGAGAAGAGGAGAGGGAAGAGAAAGGAGAGGAGAGAGAAGAGGAGAGGGAAGAGAAGAGGAGAGAGGAGAGGGAAGGGGAGAGAGGAGAAGAGAGAGGAGAGGGAAGAGGAGAGAGGAGAGGAGAGAGGAGAGGAGAGAGGAGAGGGAAGAAGAGAGAGAAGAGGAGAGAGGAGAGGAAAGAAGAGAGAGAAGAGGAGAGAGGAGAGGGAAGAAGAGAGAGAAGAGGAGAGAGGAGAGGGAAACGGAGAGAGGAGAGAGGAGAGGAGAGAGGAGAGGAGAGAGGAGAGGAGAGAGGAGAGGGAAUAAGAGAGAGAAGAGGAGAGAGGAGAGGGAAGAAGAGAGAGAAGAGGAGAGAGGAGAGGGAAACGGAGAGAGGAGAGGAGAGGGAAGAGGAGAGAGGAGAGGGAAGAAGAGAGAGAAGAGGAGAGAGAAGAGAAGAGGAGAGGAGAGAGAAGAGAAGAGGAGAGGGAAGAAGAGAGAGAAGAGGAGAUAGGAGAGGGAAGAGGAGAGAGAAGAGGAGAGGAGAGAGAAGAGGAGAGAGAAGUGAAGAGGAGAGGGAAGAAGAGAGAGAAGAGGAGAGAGGAGCGGGAAGAGGAGAGAGGAGAAGAGAGGAGAGGGAAGAGGAGAGGAGAGAGGAGAGAGGAGAGGGAAGAGGAGAGAGGAGAAGAGAGGGAAGAGGAGAGAGGAGAAGAGAGAGAAGAGGAGAGGGACAAGGAGAGGAGAGGAGAAGAGAGAAGAGGGAAACGGAGAGAGGAGAGGGAAGAACAGAGAGAAGAGGAGAGAGGAGAGGAGAGAGGAGAGGAGAGAGGAGAGGAGAGAGGAGAGGGAAGAAGAGAGAGAAGAGGAGAGGGAAGAGGAGAGAGGAGAGGAGAGAGGAGAGGGAAACGGAGAGAGGAGAGGAGAGGGAAGAGGAGAGAGGAGAAGAGCGGGUAGAAGAUAGAGGAGAGGCAGGAGGUGAGGAAGGAGUGGAGAGAGGAGAGAGCAGAAAAGAGAGGAGGGAAGAAAGGGGAGAGAAGAGAGGAAAGAGUAGAGAAAGAGAUGACUGA